AACGGAACAAACGGGAGUACCGGAAGGGAACCGCCGUUAACCAAAAGUCGAAGAAGGAAGAAAAGAGUUGCCUCAUCUCCACUGGCUCCGGCUGCCCUGCCUUACCACUACGCCGUCCAGCACUUCUACGUUCACUUCCGUCUUUCAGAUCAACCCGCAAACUGCUAUCGCCUAUUGGCAUUACCACAAUUUGAGACUUGGAAGUUAGGAUCCCACAGGCUGAGUUUCUUGGCUCUGCCAUUGCUCCGAGAGUAUCUCAGGCUCCUGAUCCAUAUAUAAACAAUCAUCAUCAUGGCUUACGGCAACCUGGAAGAAAACCCCAAAGUUGACAAGCAGUUCCUAUCGUCUCCCAUUAAGAAUGCAGUUGACAAGUAUCAGCUCGUACCGGAAUUUUUGAAGGUGAGAGGAUUGGUGAAGCAACAUUUGGACUCUUAUAAUUACUUCAUUAGGACUGAGAUAAAAAAGAUUGUCCGAGCAAACAAUGAGAUCAAAUUAUCAGUUGACCCUAAUAUUUUUCUACGGUACACGGAUGUUUGGAUAGGUGAACCAUCAAUAAUGAGAGAUGGCAUUGUAAAGAAUUUGACUCCACACCAAUGUCGGCAAUCAGACACCACCUACGCUGCUCCUAUAUAUGUAAAUAUUGAAUAUGUAAUUGGGAGUCAUGGGCAAUUAACUCGCGCAAACAAGAAUAAAGUUAUUAUUGGAAGGAUGCCUGUCAUGCUUAGGAGUUCUUGUUGUGUCCUGUACGGAAAGGACGAGGAUGAGUUGGCAAGCCUAGGGGAAUGCCCACUUGAUCCAGGAGGUUAUUUUGUUGUCAAAGGCACAGAAAAGGUUAUUUUAAUUCAAGAGCAGCUUUCCAAGAACAGAAUACUUAUAGAUACUGAUAGGAAGGGCUGUGUACAAGCAUCUGUUACAUGCAGCACAGAGAAAAUAAAAAGCAAAACAGUCAUAAAAAUGGAGAAAGAAAAGAUUUAUCUUGAGCUGAAUCAAUUUAAAACCAAGGUUCCCAUUAUGAUUGUUUUGAAGGCCAUGGGUAUGGAGAGCGAUCAAGAGGUUGUGCAGAUGGUUGGAAGAGAUCCUCGCUAUGGCUCUCUUCUGUUGCCUUCAAUUGAGGAAUGUGCAAACCUUAAUGUGUACUGUCAACAACAAGCUCUGCAGUUCCUUGAUAGCGAUAAGAUUCUUAAAUUUUUUCCAAAUUAUUCUGGUUCAGUCGAUAAGGGAGGGCGUGCAUUGAAUAUUCUUCGUGACACGUUUCUUGCAAACAUCCCAGUGUACAACAAUAGUUUCCGCAAAAAGUGCAUUUAUGUUGCGGUGAUGUUGAGGCGCAUGAUUGAUGCAAUCCUAAACAAAGAUACAAUGGAUGACAAGGAUUAUGUGGGGAACAAACGGCUAGAGCUCUCUGGGCAACUAUUGUCCCUACUGUUUGAGGAUUUGUUCAAGACAUUAAACGAUGAGGUUCGAAGGACUGCGGAUGCUGUUGUGGGAAAGUCAAACCGAUCUAGCAAAUUGGAUAUUUCACAAUAUUUAGUGAAGGAGGCCAUCACCCUAGGCCUGGAAAGAUCUUUAUCCACUGGAAACUGGGACGUGAAACGAUUUAGGAUGCACCGAAAAGGCAUGACACAGGUCCUGACUAGGCUAUCAUACAUUGUAUCAUUGGGUUUCAUGACUAAGAUCCAACCGCAAUUUGAGAAGUCUCGGAAAGUUAGCGGGCCGAGAGCUUUACAACCAAGUCAAUGGGGCAUGCUGUGUCCCUGUGAUACCCCCGAAGGUGAAUCUUGCGGAUUGGUAAAAAAUUUAGCCUUGAUGACUCAUGUUACGACAGAUGAAGAUGAGCGCCCUAUUGUUAAUCUGUGCUAUUGGCUGGGAGUUGAAGACCUGGAACAUCUGUCUGGCGAAGAGCUUCACACGAAAAAUUCUUUUUUAGUUAUAUUGAAUGGACACAUUCUUGGCAAACACAUGAAGCCACAGUGGUUUGCCAGUGCCAUGAGAAAGUUGCGAAGGAAUGGCCAUAUUGGAGAGUUCAUAAGCAUCUUUGUGAAUGAAAAGCAGUGCUGUGUGUACAUUGCUUCAGAUGGAGGUCGGGUUUGUCGUCCACUUGUAAUUGCCGACAGAGGCGUCCCAAGGAUUAAGGAGUCCCACAUGAAUGAAUUGAGGGAUGGUGUCCGCAGCUUCAACCAAUUCUUGAGGGAGGGUUUGAUUGAGUAUCUUGAUGUUAAUGAGGAGAAUAAUGCAUUGAUUGCUCUCUAUGAUAAAGAGGCUACCCCUGAAACAACACACAUUGAAAUAGAGCCUUUCACGAUCUUAGGCGUUAUUGCUGGUUUGAUACCUUAUCCUCAUCACAAUCAGUCACCAAGGAACACAUAUCAGUGUGCUAUGGGCAAGCAAGCGAUGGGUAAUAUUGCGUAUAAUCAGCUGUACAGGAUGGACUCGUUGAUAUACCUUUUGGUGUAUCCCCAGAGGCCCUUGUUGACAACUAGAACAAUUGAGCUGGUUGGAUAUGAUAAACUAGGUGCCGGACAGAAUGCUACUGUCGCUGUAAUGAGUUAUAGUGGAUAUGACAUAGAGGAUGCAAUUGUAAUGAAUAAAGCAUCUCUUGAUCGUGGUUUUGGUCGCUGUAUUUUAAUGAAGAAAGUAUCAGGCAUGUACCAGAAGUAUGAGAAUAAUGCAUUUGAUAAGCAAAUCCGACCUGUACCACAAGAUGCAAAUGAAGCUCAAAGGAUGCAGGUCCUAGACAAUGAUGGAAUAGCUUCUCCAGGAGCAACCAUUAAAUCCAAUGAUUUUUUAAUGAUCAAAGCGUCUCCGCUUGUCACAAAAGGGCCACUUGUGUCACCAAUGGCACUUCCAGCCAGUGCAUUCAAGGUAAUGAAACAACAUUACAAUUGUCCUGAUGGACAAACAAGUUCAGUGGACAGAGUGGCUUUGUUCUCUGACAAGAACAACAAUUUAUGUGUUAAGUUUAUGAUUCGUCAUACUCGAAGGCCGGAGCUUGGUGAUAAGUUUAGUAGCAGACAUGGUCAAAAAGGAGUCUGUGGCAACAUUGUUGCACAAGAAGAUUUCCCAUUUUCUGAGCGCGGCAUAUGCCCAGAUCUUAUCAUGAAUCCACAUGGAUUUCCAAGCCGAAUGACUGUUGGAAAGAUGAUAGAGCUUCUUGGAGGCAAAGCUGGAGUUUCUUGUGGUAGGUUUCAUUAUGGCAGCGCCUUUGGGGAAAGCAGUGGCCAUGCAGAUCGAGUUGAAACUAUAAGUGAAACCCUUGUGAAGCAUGGGUUUAGCUACAAUGGAAAGGACUUUAUAUAUUCAGGUAUUGAUGGUACACCACUACAGGCGUACAUCUUUAUGGGACCAAUUUAUUACCAGAAGCUGAAACAUAUGGUCUUGGAUAAGAUUCAUGCUAGAGGCAGUGGCCCUAAAACCUUGCUCGCAAGACAACCUACUGAAGGAAGAAGCAGAAAUGGAGGUCUACGUGUCGGAGAAAUGGAAAGGGAUUGCUUAAUCGCAUAUGGAGCAAGUAUGUUAAUAUAUGAACGCUUGAUGCUUUCAAGUGAUCCUUUUGAAGUUCAGGUAUGCGAGAAAUGUGGGUUAUUGGGAUACUAUGACUACAAGCUGAAAGUUAGCAUUUGUUCAACCUGCAAGAAUGGGGAUAACAUAGCUACCAUGAAGCUUCCAUAUGCAUGCAAGCUUCUAUUCCAGGAGCUUCAAUCUAUGAAUAUCGUUCCUCGUUUAAAACUGAGCGAAGCUUGAUUUCGGGAGGGAGCAAAAACACAUUUUUCCCUUGUGUCGAGGAGAGAGAGAGACUGAACCAUCACAUUUGUGUUUUACUACGUUUUAGUUAAACAUUAGCAACAAAUUCUUGUCAAGUUAACAAUACAUGACAAAAUCUUUGAGGUUUUGUCGCCUCUUCAGUUGUGAAACUAUAUAUAGAUGGAGAGUUUUAUAUUUGGUUGCAACUUUGAAAAAAUAAUAAAAUUUAGCAUCAAUGUUCUUUUUUGCAUGUACGGUUAUGUUGUAAAAUUUUAGAUAUAAAGGAUUUGUUUAAAG